AUGAAUUUCAGAAUAGCUAUCUUAUUAUUCUUAGUGUGUGGCGUUUCGAGCGUAUUAGGAGAGUUAGUUGUUGUAUCAAAGUCGUUUUAAGGAAAUCCUAUUAAGGAGGCAGAAGGUUUUUAAGGAUAAUAAUCUUUUAGGUUGGGCAGUUGUUGGAGCACCAAGUUUGAUUACAGAAUGUGGUGGCACAUUUAUGUUUGGAGGAUUUAGAGUAUUUGGAAGUAGAACAACUGUAAGUAAAGUUUUUUAAUUACCUCCUCAUUCACUAAUUAACAUAAAGGUUUAAUUCUGGAAGUAUUUGAAGAUAUUUAUUUAUAUAGAAUUGAUUCAUGGGAUAAUGAAGAAGCAUAUAUUUUUGUAGAUGAUUAAUUAGCAUGGUCAAGAAAAUUCCAGGUAAAUGAAGGAGAUGGAUAAAAGUGUGGAUAAGGUGGAGAUUGGAGGGAAAUGACAUUGAACCUUGACCUAAAUGUAAGACACACUGGAACAACAGCUAUUGUAUUGUUUACAUCAGACUUGAAUGAAGCCCCUGAUAAUGUAAUUUUAUUAAUUUAUAAUUAGGAAUCUUGGGCUAUAAGAGAUUUUGUUAUAUCUAUAGAAAAAUGUCCAGAUGGUUGUUCUGCUUGUUAAUUUGAUGAUAAAACCGAAAAUUGUUCAUUCUGGUAAUCAUUUUCAAGUAGUUGGGGAGCUUUGCAAUCUAAUUUAUUAGGAGCUGAUGGUUGGGAAGUUACAGGAGGAUAAACUAGUUCUAGUGAUUGUGGAGGUAAUCUAUUAAAAUUUAUUAUUUUUAAGGUGUUGCUUUAUAUGGUGGUUAUUAAAAAAUGGGCGGAAGAUUUAUUGUUAGCAAAAUCUUAAAAAUCAAUCCUCAUUACAAAUUAAAGAUUAAAGUACUUUGGGCUAAGAUAGAUUCAUGGGAUAAUGAAGCUGCAUAAAUUAAAGUUGACGGAAAUAUGGUUUGGGAAAGAAACUUCUAAUGGUAUGAGGGUUACUCUGGAAAAAUUUGUGGUAGUCCAGUCUAUGCAUAGAAAGCUUUCUUUGCUAGAACAGAAGUUGAUAUUGUUCACACUGGGGAUUAAGUUAAAAUUGAAUUUACUACUACUCUUGAUGAAGAUGUAAAUAAUGAAUCAUUUGGAUUAAGAGAUUUUAAUAUUUAUUAUGCUGCUUGUUCAAAAAAUUGUGCUGAAUGUACAGGACCAAAAGAUUCAGAUUGCAAAAGUAUUUAUUAUUUUAGAAUUUUAGAAUGUGCUAAUAAUUGGGCCCUGGUAGAAGGUAAAUGUUAAGCUUUACCAAGUUUCUUUGUUUUAGAAUAAUCAUUUUUAGAAGAUAAAUUUACAGGAAUUAAUGGAUGGACAAUUACUAGUAAAGUACCUGCAGGUAAGGAAAUUGGUGAAUGUGGUGGUAAAUCAUUAGUUGGUGGUUUUGGAAUUUUUGGAGUUGAUGCAAGUGCUUCAAAAACUUUUUAGGUUCCAUCUCAUAGAAGACUUAAGUUAUAAACCACAUUUUAUAAAAUUGAUUCUUGGGAUGAAGAAUUUAUGAUCAUUUAAGUUGAUGGUGUUGAAAUUAAGAGAUUUUUCUGGAAUCUUUAAACUGGAGGUGCAAAUAUAUGUGGUUAAGGAAUUUGGUUUGAUGGUAUUAUACCAUUUGAAUAAAUCUUAUUUCAUUCAACUCCUUAGGUUUCAAUUUUAUUUACGUCUACCCUGAAUUAAGAGGCUGGAGAUGGUAUUUAUUUAUUUCCUAUCAUUUAGAAUCAUGGGGUUUCAGAGAUUUCAAAUUAUUUUAUGAACCACUAGAAGCUUGUGCUAUUGUCUAUAGUGAAUGCUUCUUUAAAGGUAAAAAAACUGAAAUCUGCUCUAAAUCACCUAAUUUCUUAAAGGAUAAAAUCCCACUCUAAAGCAAAUCUAUAAGAAUUCCUCCAUAAGGAAGAUUAACAUUAUUUGAAAAGAAUGACUACAAUGGAAAAAAAGUUACUUUUACUGAAGAUCAAACUUGUCUUGAUAAUUUUGAUGUAAAUAUUUAAAAUUAAUAUUACUAGUUUUCAUUAAUUCACUUAAGUGGACAAGUUGAAGGAGGAUGGGUUGAAGUUGAACAAUGA